GCUUGGAUUUGUUUGGUGGAGUUGGAGGUGUUGGCGGAGGAGACGGAGAGGGCGCGGGCAAUUUGUGAAAUUGCUGCAUCGAUUGAACAAAUGGAGAUGCCGGAACUCAUUUGGAAGACGUACAUCGAUAUGGAGAUAAACUGGGGGGCGUUAGACAGAGCGCGUGCGCUGUAUGAACGCCUUUUAGAUAAAACGCAACACGUAAAUGCAUUUAAAGGAUAUGCUACAUUCGAGUGGAAGAAAGCAGAACAAAAAGACAGAGCCAGACAAGUUUUAAACAGAGGCCUCGACGUUUGUAAGGCGAAUGGCUGGGAUGAAGAUCGUGCGGCUUUAUUGGAAAACCUCAAAAUACUGCAGGCAGCCAAGAUGUGGAAGAAGCGCCAGCUGGAGGCGCAGAAGUAG